AGCCCAGCAGAUGAUCAGGAGGAGCAGCGGCAAAUAGACAAUCCGCGCAUAAAUCAGCUAGUAGAGGAGAUCUGCUCCAUGAACCUGCUAGAGGUUUCAGAUCUCAUAGAAGUGCUGCGCAAGCGCCUAAACAUCACUGCUCCCAUGGGCGGAGGCUACCCAAUGGGCAUGAUGCCGAUGGCCGCGGGCCCAGCAGCGCCGGCAGCGGAGGCAGCACCAAAAGAGGAGGAGAAAACAGAGUUUGAUGUGAAGCUGACGGGCUUCGAUGCCGCGGCAAAGAUCAAGGUCAUCAAGGAGGUCCGCGCGAUGACCAGCCUCGGGCUGAAGGAGGCCAAGGAGCUGGUGGAGAAAGCGCCAACAGUGGUGAAGACAGGCCUCAAGAAGGAAGAGGCUGAGGAGCUGCAGAAGAAGCUAGAAGCU